AUGAUAGUCGUGCAGACGCGUUUGGAAGUUAACUGGAUCCUAGCGAGUGUUAUUGUGGUGGUGGAAUCAUGUUGGGGUAUGGAGCCCCUCAGAAGAAGUGCGAAAUUGAUUAAGGGAAUGAAAGGAGUGGCCCUAUCUUGUAUCCUCUCCUAUGGAUUCGUGGGGUUGAUCGUGAUGUUGAAUUACCUUUCUUUGACGAGGAGACAUGAUGGAUUUACAGAGUGUUGGUUUGAUGCGGUGUUGAAAUGGAUGCUGAUUCUGACAGGUUCUUAUACCCACGCUUUUGUUAUGCUUUUUAAGAUUGCUGUUACUACAGUGUUGUACAUAUACUGCAAGGCAAAUAACGUUGAGAUAACAGAGGAGGUUGGAAAGGACUAUGUUAGCUUGCCCUUCCAUGAUGAUGGGAAAGUCUCGCUGGUUGUUUGA